AUGGCCGAUCUCGAAGCUGUCCUUGCCGAUGUCAGCUAUCUUAUGGCCAUGGAGAAAUCUCGGAGUCAACCGGCUGCAAGAGCAUCGAAGAAAAUUAUUUUGCCAGAUCCUAGCGUAAGGAGUAUAAUGCAAAAAUAUCUGGAGAAGACGGGGGAAAUUAAAUUUGAAAAAAUAUUUAAUCAAAGACUUGGAUUUUUAUUGCUAAAAGAAUUUGUGGAAAGUAUGUAUGAAAAAGCGUGUCCAUUGAUUAAAUUCUACGAAGCGGUAAGUGAUUGUUAA